AAUAUUUAUUACAUAUGCAUGGUAGGGUAGCUUGUUGGCAGAUAACGCGGAUAACCCAGAUUAGUAAACAUAGUCUAAACUAGGUCAUCUUGCUGUGAUUAAACAAAACGGACUGAGGACGGAUGUUUUUAAAAAACAGUCAUGACAGACGAAAGCAAAGCUGUGUUGAAUCCUGGGGAAAAGGUUCAACCGGAUGUAAGUAUGGAGGAAGCGGGCCGUCUGCUUCAGCGUCUGUAUGGGAUGUCCGCCAUUAAAGUGGAUGAGCUCAGUAGUUAUGACGACAAGAAUUUCCAUAUCCACGUGGACACCUCCAAUGAAGUCAAUUUAUCCGAGAAUGGAUAUGUUCUAAAAAUACUUAACUCUCUCGAUUCCAAAUUUCCAGAAGCAAUAGAAGCCCAGAAUCGUUUAAUUCUACACGUGGCAGACAGGGGUAUAUGUACCUCCCGUCCCUUACCGAACCUGCGGAACGAACUGUGGUCACUGGAAACGCUGGAGCGAUCAGGAGACGCCAAAUUCAUAGUUCGCCUAUUUACUUACGUCCCCGGUAAAAUUUUCUUGGGGGUCAGAUACUCUCCAUCGCUUGUUCACAGCGUUGGAAAAUUAGCGGGAAAACUGAAUGCAGCGUGUUCGGAUUUCUUUGACCCAGCCUUUUCAAACUACAAGCGGAUAUGGAGUUUAACGGAAGUCCCAAAACUUACCAAGUUCGUUGGUUGUCUGAAGGAUGUGAAAAAGGAGGAGGCAGUGCUGAAAGUAGUCAAAGAGUUCGACGAAUACGUGGUGUCUAAUUAUAGCACACUCAAGAAAGGUAUGAUCCACGGCGACCUCAGUGACAAUAACAUCCUUAUCAAGGCGUCAUCGUCCUUGCCCGGGGAUUAUGAGGUGGUCGGUUUUUUGGAUUUUGGAGAUGCCACCGAAGCUUACUAUGUGUUUGAGAUCGCCAUUCUCAUCUGCUACGUCAUGAUUAACGCAGGCACAGAGGAUGAUCCCAUCGAACUAGGUGGUCACGCUCUGGCGGGUUACUUGUCCGAGUUUCCUCUCUCUGUUGCAGAUUUGUCUGUGUUGAAAAUCUGCAUUGCAGGGCGCCUUAUCCAAACUCUUGUAUUGGGUGCUUACACAGCGUCCAUGGAACCAGAAAAUGCCGCUUAUGUGCUACAAACACAGGCCCGUGGCUGGGAGCAGCUUUUUUUACUGUGUGCAAGGUCAGACCAAGAGGUGUUCGAUUCAUGGGACAGCGUGCUUAAACUGUACAACCUAACCUUUAAGUUCAAGGAAACUGUGUAGUAUGUUGUAUACAGAAUUUGGACUCUCCGGAAAAUUUGAACUAAUCCAUUUCUAUUUUAUUAUGUGGUCCCUUGAAAUCAUGUAUUAAACUGAUGCAUUAAGUUUUCAUUCAAUACAAUGCAACAAGAAAACAACCAAAAUGGUUUGAAAUACAUAAUCUCCAAGAGAAAAAUGAUAAGUUGAACUUUGUUUUAGAGUAAUGUACAAAUCAAUGUGUUCUCCAUUACUUCAUCAGUUCAUACUAUGACCAUGAUCAUACGAUUACCGUUAGAAAUGCUUACAGUAACGAACUCGAUUUUUUAUGAUAAUAGUAAAAUGUUGAACUUCAAAACAAGUUGCUGAAAGUAUAUUAAAAUUUACCAUAAUAUUUGUACAACCAAUUCUUAUUUUCUUCUUUGUGGUGUGUCUUUAAUAUGUAAACAACCAAUGAUUCAUAUAAAA